AUACAAUAGGCCCAUCCUUGGCCCAUCCCAUAGGCUUCAAAAAAUAUAUGCUAUCUUUAUGGUUAUUAAUAGUCAUUACUUUGUUGGAAGAAAAAAUAAACUAUUCUAAGUAGAAAACUAGGCGAAAAUCUCAUUUUAUUUUAUAAAAAAUAUGUUUACAGUUUCUAAACACAACUAUUAACAUAAAAUAGUGAAAAUGUCGCACAAACCUACACCCUAUUCGCCGAAUUUCCCUCAGAGUCAAGGAUAUGCUCCACCGCCAGAAGGCAAAGCUGAAAGCUAUCCUAUGAAUCCGCAAGGUGGCUACCCUGGUCCACCACCGGGACCACAACUUCCACCUGGAGCCCAACCACUGCCAGGAAUGCAGCCUGGCUUCCAACCUGGCUUCCAGCCGGGAUUUCAACCAGGUUUUGCUCCAGGAUACCCUCACCCUCAACCUGGGUAUCCACAACCGGGCUACCCACAACCAGGAUAUGGUCCUGUAGUUCAACAGCCAGGACCGCAGGUGCCACCAGGUGGGUGGAUGAGUGUUCCACAAGGGCUCACCAAUUGUCCACCAGGAUUGGAAUACCUUUCUAUGAUUGAUGGGUUACUGGUACAUCAAAAAGUGGAACUAUUGGAGGCCUUUGUUGGUUUUGAAACCAAUAACAAGUACACUGUAAAAAAUAGUGUUGGGCAAAAAGUGUACUAUGCUGUUGAAGACAAUGAUUGCUGCACUAGAAUGUGCUGUGGGCCCAUGAGACCAUUUGAUAUGAAAAUUAUGGAUAACUUCAGAAAUGAGGUGAUCCAUUUAAAUCGUCCAUUGGCGUGUGACUCUUGCUGGUGCCCAUGCUGGCUGCAAAGCAUGGAGGUUUCAGCUCCACCGGGCACUGUCAUCGGCUCAAUUGAGCAAGAAUGGUCUAUAUGUAAACCCUGUUACAGCAUCAAAAAUGCAGCUGGUGAUGUUGUUCUUAGAAUAAAAGGGCCUAUCUGCACUUUUUCGAUUUGUGGAGAUGUCGAGUUUCACGUAUACUCCAAGGAUGGUGAAACCAAAGUUGGCAAGAUUACGAAGCAGUGGUCAGGAUUAGCGCGUGAAGCUUUUACCGAUUCAGAUUAUUUUGGAAUAACCUUCCCAAUGGAUCUGGAUGUGAAAAUAAAGGCAGUCCUUCUUGGAGCAUGUUUCCUCAUUGAUUUUAUGUUCUUUGAGAAGUCUGGUAACCAGGAGAGUGACCGUCCAGGCAUGCUCUAAAAUGAGAAAGCUUGUUCAUCACACGUUUGAAGAGCUCUACUGUCAACGUAUGAAGUAACAUUUUACAAAACUAUAUUUUGAUUACGUUUUUAUUUUUUGGAUAAAUAUUUACUUUUGGAUUACCUAUUACUUGUUAUUUUUUAUGUGUUUUAUAGUUUUAAGAAUCUCUAAUUUUGUAUUUUUAUACUAACAAUUAUUUUAAGCUGGUGGCGCCGUGAAGUUAAUACUAGGUACUGAGUACGCACAAGUCGUCAUACUCAAAUCGAAUGCAAAAGCUAUUUACAUAGCUAUUGUAAUGUAUUCUUUCCCAGAGAAUUUAAGUUAAAAGAAUUUGAGCUGUGCAUAAGUUUUGAAUAACGUGUUAAUGCCACAAGAGUUCCUUGUCUUUAAUACAUAAUAAAGACUUAAAUGGAAACUUAUUAUUAAUGAAUGACGGUAUCACGACGCCACUUAAAUAUUUGCAUGCGUGUUUAUACUUUUGAUUUUGAAUCACGAUAAACACACUAAUCCUAAAAGAAUAAGUGUAAAAUUUAUAUUUUGCUUAUGGUAUUUUAUAUUUGAUAAAAAUAUUUUUAUGCAUUACUUAUGAAGUUAUGAUUAUUGGAACUAUCUCGAAUAUACCUUGUCUGAUUUGUUUAGAAAAAUUGUAAUGUUAGUCCACGAAUUGAGUAUUUGAAUUAUUAUGAAAGUCAGCAGAAAUUGUUUUAUAUCGUUCAUUCAUUGUCAUGUCAAAUCAAAGUAUUUUUUCCUAAAUCUGCAAUGAAGUUGUUUUCUAAUUUUCUGCAGCAUAAAUUUAAGCACAAAUUAAUGUAUUUUACGUUUUAUGAAUGAUAUAUUUAUCAUAUUUAUAAUUUUGGGAAAGCGUCUUUACUACAUGCUUUUGUUGUUCUAGUCUAUUGUGCAUUUUAUGUUAUUGUCAUUGUGAUAGGAAACUGGUUGAAGCAGCUGUUAAAUCAAUCGUCUAGCUUUAUACUUUAAGGGCUUUCAACUUAAGCGUUUCAACAGUUGCCGCACCGCUUCGGCACCGCAGCAGGCCGUCAAGAAACGCAUAAGUUGAAAGCGCCCUUAUUGAAGCAGUGCACAACUCGCGCGCUCGCCGCUUUGACUAUCCUGGCUGUUUGAUUGAAUGACUGUUUUAACCAUUUAUCUGGGACAUUUACAUACUGAUAUUUGUUUUUGUUGUUUUGGUUUUCGCUUGGCGUAUCCAUGUUAGGUAUAUAUUUAACUUAUUAUUAUAAUGAUGUUAACUUUUUAUACAAUUUGCAUCCUGUCUAACGCUUAUGAAUUUACAUCAAUGCGGUUGUUAACACAGCCUCUUGUAGACAUUUUGGUUUAUAUUAGGUAUGUAACUGUUGAAAAAAAUCCUAUGAAUUUUGGGUGACUAAAACAAAACUGAAACUCAUAUUAACCAUCUGCAAUAUGAACAGGUGCUAAUUAUACAAAAAUCCUCUUUUACGUAGAAAACCGAAGAAUAAUUAUUACUACUAUACUGUAUUAUGUAUUAACAUUAUGUAGACAACUUGUAUACAUGUUUCUAUGUACUUACGUAAUUUUUUGAUUCUAAUAUAUUUAUAAUAAUAACUAAUAUAAGCGUAUACCUUUUGGAGAUCGAAUCUAAAAUUGAAUUAUUAUUCUUAAAGAUUUAUUUAUAUGUGAGUAAUAAUGACGCAAAAUUAAUAUAUUAAUGAUGCAUUAUAAUGUGCCUGCUUGACUUAAUCUCCACUAUAUUCUUAAUACCUAUAUAUGUAUAAAUUGUUACUAAUUAUAUACUAUUUUUAAGUAAGUACAUUAAUUAUGUAAAACAAAUGCAUUUAACUUAAGAGUAAACUGAAACCGAAAACAACUUAGGUAUUUUAACGAACGUUUAUGAAACUGACAGAGAAAUUUAAAUUCGCAAAUACACAGUACAUAGGUACAACUGAAAAAAACGCAUUUAUUCAAAUUGGAAAUAAUAGCAUUAUAACGAAUACUGCAAAGGCAAUGAGGGUUUUUGAAAUUUUUUCUGCCACCGGGUGGCGCCACGUAUGCGUCUGGUCCAAACAGCUGCCAAAUAGUAUGGAAUUGUAGGUGCCGAACUUAUUGUUUAUUGAAAUUCUGUUAUAUUGGAAGUGUUAUUGAUUUUAUUAUGGACUACGGUCAGAAUAAGGUUUCCGAACUAAAAAUUGAGCUAAGAGAGAGGGUGCAAAAGUCACUGGUAGUUGAAAAAUUUGUUAACACAAUAUGAUUUAGUUUUUUUUAUUUACUCAACCUCAAUAGUAAAACAAUAAUGCAGUGCUUUAAUUAUAAAAUAAAAAAACCACUAAAAUCGUUCACUAUUCAUAGUAAAGAUAAGCACUUUGACAGUUACCUGGACCUGACGACUCAGUGCGCCACCUGGUGGACGCCAUUUUAGAAAUCCUCAUUAGAUCGAGAUCAACAAUACUGUUAGGAUUUUCGGAUCCAAAAUAGUCUAUGUAUGCAUGUCAGGAUUUUAUGUCACUGACUGGCAAAUAAUGUGUAUAGUACUAUGUAGUAAAUCUUCCAUUCGGACACAGGCGGCUCGUCAUAUUAGUGAAAUGUAUGUGUUGACGUCUGUUACCUACCUGUCGCCAAAGACGUGCAGCUUUUGUGAGCCGCCUUUUUCCCUAAAUGUAGCUUAUGCGGGCAUUGUAAUGAAUACGCACCAAAAUGAUGUUUCGCGAUGGUCCAAUGAAUUUCUGCAACCACGUUGCCAACAGGGCAAGUCUCACAAUUAGCUGAUUUCUCCUAUGACAUAAAUUCCUACCUUUGCUUUGUCACAGUUUGGGAAUGUAUGAGUUGACGUCAUGCGUCUGUGUGGAACCCGGCUGUAGUGUGCCUUGUUAACUUUGUCAUACGAUUCCAUACUGUGACUAUCGUGUCAAUAGACGCGCGCGGCUGUCACAAGAAAUCCAUGAAACGUUUCGCACAAGAACUUUUACAGUAAUUUAGCUGAACAUUACAUGUUCCGAUUAAUAUAUUUAUUACAGCCUAUUAAUCAUUAUGUACUUUUUAAGGAACUAUAUUAUGAAUAAAAGUGUUAUUAAACUGCA